AUGACGCACCGGGCGGCACAUGGGCAUCCGGCAGCUCCAGCACCCCGGCAGCGUGCCAGGGGCGCCCCGUCGGGCGCGCAUCCUGCGGCUGCACGGGGUGCAGCUCGUCGGAGCUGCCGGCCAGCGCCCCGUCGGCCCCUCACGCGCCGCGCCGCCGCGAAGGCGCCGGGGGGUGCAACCAAGCCGCCGUUCCCGCGGGACCCGCUGACGAACGAGCGCCUGCCGAAGUCGUCCGGCAUGCGCGUGUGCGUGUUGAAGAGCUACUCGAGCACGUGCGCGAUCCUGGACCUGGGGCAGCGCGUGUCCGGCACGGAGGCGCGACGCCUGGCCGAGUUGGCUGCCCGUGGCACGCAGCAGCGCAGGGCUCUCCCGCUGCUGGUCGCGGCGAUCCGCGCCAUGGGCCACAAGCACCCUGACAGGGGCGUCGGUCGUCCGGGGUCCCCCCUGUUCAGCGAGGGUCGCCUGAAGCAGCUCACGGAGCAGUGCAAGCUGCGCAAGUCCAGCAUCACGCUGCUGUACGCGGAGGCCAAGAUGCUGUGGGACGAGUACGUCUGCGGGGACGACUUCUUCGAGAAGUUCAAGCCCGACAUGCAGCUGGUCAAGGACGUACAGGACGUGAUGCGCGCGCGGGAGCACGACCUCGCCCCGCUCAUCACUCUCGACGUGCUCGACACGCUGACCUCCUCCGAGGUGCCGGAGGUCGCGGAGGAGCUCGAGCUGCUGCGCGGCGAGCUGCACGCGGCCGGCUACGACGUCGGCGCGGGCGACGACACGUACAAGCUCAAGAUCACCGAGGCGGGGCCCUCCAUGUCCAUUCCGGGCCGCAACGGCGCCGUCACGCCGGCGACGAGCAUCGUCGCGGCCGGCUGGAGCGUCGCGCAGCUGCUUCCCGGCGCGAUGAAGGUGCCCGUGAUGCACACGCGCGCCGAGGUCGCCGACACACCGCACAUCACCAGCGCGGAACAGUGCCGCCCGUCGGCCGCGCCGGUGCACGCCGCCCAGCUCAUGGCCUCCUUCGGGGACGUCGUCGAGGGGCGCACGCGGCUCGCGGGCGUCGACUGGAUGUUCGUGUCGCUCCGCCGCCCAGCGUCGGCGGUGGAGGCACCCCCCGGGGGAGCUCCCCCGGACGGCGACGGGAAGGAGGCGACCCCGCCCGCCGUGCUCGUCACCCUCGAGAGCAUGAUGCUCGAGGGCGACGCGGGCACCCCCCUGGACGACCUGCGCGCCGUCGCGUCCUGCACCGCGCGGUACCUAUCGGGGGUGGUCGCGAGCCCGGACGACGACGAGCUGUGGCGCCGGCAGCAGGACCUCUGGGUCACCGCCGAGGACGACGCGCAAGCCGGCGCGCUGGGGCUGCGGCGCAACGUCGCGUCCGACGGCGGCGCGAUGGAGGGCGUCGACCGCAAUCAGAGCGACGCGCGGCACGUGAUGCGCUACGUGACGGCGGAGGGCGAGUACUCCAUGGUCGCCCUGCGCGACGAGGAGCUGGGCGGGCUGCUCGACGUGCUCACGGCGGCGCUGAUGGACCCGGGAGUCGACUUGGAGCUCGAGACUGCGCAGCCUGCGCCGCUGAGGGCGCACCGGGGCGCGGCGGGCUGGCUCGCGCGUGCGGCCGGGGGGUGGGUGGGCAGCGUGGCGCUAGGCGGCGUCGUCGGGCUGGUGACCUGGGCGCUGUACGGCACUCGGCGCGCGCCCGAGGGCGCUGCUGCGUCGCUGACGGCUCGGACCGCCGCGCGCGUGGUGGAACAGUCGAGGCACCGCUGA